AUGUCGGCUCUCGACGAGGUGGCCAAGCUCUCGCAGCUCACCAACAUCACUCCUGAUACCAUCUUUUCCGUCCUUCGCGAUCGAUUCUACGCCGGACUCCCCUACACCGCCCUCUCGGAUUCCAUCCUCGUCUCGGUCAACCCGUACGCCUCGUCUGGAAACCGCAACAGCGAUGACACCUUGCGCGAAUACACUAGCGACUAUCGCCAGACCAACAAGCAGCUUCGCGCAGCCACCUUGCCCCCGCACAUCUUUGCCCACGCCUGCAAUGCUUACUUUUACAUGCGACGCACCGGCCAAGAUCAGAGCUUACUCAUGGCCGGAGACACCUCAAGCGGAAAGAGCGAAGUUCGUCGUCUUGCCCUCAGAGCCCUUAUCGACCUCAGCGUAGCUCCUCCCGGCAAAAAGGGCUCCAAGCUAGGCGUACAGAUCCCCUCAGCAGAAUACAUCCUCGAAGCUCUCGGAAACUCGCGCACCCUCGAAAACAGCAAUGCCUCUCGCUUCGGAAAGUACACUGAACUUCAGUUUUCCGACUCGGGCAAGCUCGUUGGCGCAAAGACGCUCGACUACUACCUCGAAAAGAACCGCGUCGUCAGCGCUGCGUCCAGCGAGCGCAACUUUCACAUUUUCCACUACAUGGUCGCCGGUGCCUCGGAUGAGGAAAAGCAAUACCUUGGCAUUCACGACGCUGCCUCCUUCCGCUACCUUGGCCAGGCCUCGCGCAACAUGGACACCCAAGAUGCCGCCAAAUUUGACAGGCUCAAGCUUGCAUUCAAGAACGUUGGCUUCUCCAAACGUAACGUUGCCUCCAUUUGUCAGGUGCUCGCUGCCAUUCUCCAUCUCGGCAACAUCGAGUUCCACUACGAUCGUCAACGCACUCAGGACUCUGCCACCAUCCGCAAUCCAGAAGUGCUCGACAAGGUGGCCGAAUACCUCGGCAUCUCCUCCAAGUCACUCGAGGAAGCGCUCACAUACAAGACAAAGAUGAUCCGUAACGAGGUCUGCACCAUCCUCCUCGAUGCCGACGGUGCUUCGGACCACCGUGACGACCUCGCAAAAUCCCUCUACUCGCUCCUCUUUGCCUGGGUCAACGAGAGCCUCAACGAAAAGCUCUGUCGUGACGACUUUGACACGUUUAUCGGCCUUCUCGAUCUUCCCGGCUUCCAGAACCUGUCUAAAGGCAACUCGCUCGAUCAGUUCUGUGUCAACUUUGCCUGCGAGAACCUUCACCGCUUCAUGCUUCGCAGCGUCUUUGAAAAGCGGCGCGACGAGUUUGCCGACGAGGGCAUCAGCCACCUCUCGCCCGAGGUCCCUUACUUUGACAAUGCAGAGACGUUGCGUCUCAUGACCAACCAGCCCGGUGGCUUGAUCCACAUCAUGGACGACCAGGCGCGCAGGAUGCCCAAGAAGACCGAUCAGACCAUGAUCGAAGCCUUUGGCAAGCGAUGGGGCAACCAUCCCUCCUUCAAGGUCGGUCCCGCCGACCGUAGCGGCUUUUCGAGCUUCACCAUCAGCCACUACAACAGCGCCGUCACAUAUACCAGCGAAAACCUGCUGGAGAAGAACAGCGAGGUGGUCAGCACCGACUUUGUCUCGCUUCUUCGCGGCAACCCACAGGAAUCUGGCAAGCUCCGUAACGACUCCUCCCAGUCUUCCGGCUCCACCAUCCCCUUUAUCCGCGGCAUCUUCAACACCAAGGUACUCAAGACGCAAUCGCAUCCAAAGAACGAUCAGACCAUCGUUGCAGCUCAGCAAUCCGUCAAGCCUAUGCGCGCUCCCUCCACACGCCGACCCAACCGCGGCAACACUAUCAAGCGCACCAACACGAUCAAGAAGGCGGAUGACGAUGACUCGGACGAAGACGCUGCCGAUGCCGCCGACGCCUCCACUUCUAAGAAGAACGCCGUUCGAUGUGUCGCCGGCGACUUCCGUGGCGCGCUUGAUCUUUUGUUAGAGACGCUCGAAGACACCAAGACCUGGUUCACGCUCUGCCUUCGUCCCAACGACAACCAGCUUCCCAAUCAGUUUGAGGCUCGCGUAGUCAAACAGCAGAUCACUACGCUCGGUCUCUCCGAGAUGUCGCGUAAACUCCUCAACGAGUACAGCGUCAGCAUGACCUACGAGGAGUUCUGUCAGCGAUACGCCGACGUUCCUUCGCUUCAGGCUGUCCAGAUGCGCGAUGCAGUCUCCGGCGAGGCCAAGCAGAAAUUCUCGGCGGCACGCCAGGUCAUGUCUUGGUCCGACCAAGAGGCGGUUUCAGGCCGUGUCAAGGUGUUCCUUUCGCAUACGGCUUUCCGCGAGCUCGAAGAUGAGCUCCGCGCUGCCGAUGCAGAGGAAGUCAAGAACAACGAGAAACGUGCUCAGCUCGAUGCCGAUGCAGCAGCGCGCGGCGAAUCGGACCCUUUCUCACCUGUGGCCGUCUUGGCCGACGACUACACCCGCAGCCGCAGCAACGACUUUGUCGGCGCUUACGGCGAUCCGUUCAAGGAGCGCUCUUCUGUCGCCCUUCCGCUCGUCGGUCGUGGCGCUGCCGGUAACGAGGAUGAUCUCGAAGAGGUCAAGAGCCAGUAUUCGGGCAUGUCCGGCACUCUUGCCCGACAUAGCUUUGUGGGAGGCCUCAGCGGCGCUCCCUCCUUCGUCGCCUCCGAAGCGUACGCUCCCUCUCGUAACAUGUUUGCCGACAUGGGCAAGAAUGGUCUCAACGAAAAGGCCGGCACCGCUGCCUUCACCGAAGAGCCACUCGGUGAAGUUGCCGAAGAGGUUGGCGUCAGCUCGACUCGUCGAAAGUGGGUCGCUUUAACCUGGGCAAUCACCUUCUGGAUUCCUAGCUUCAUCCUUAGCCGCUUCCGUUCUCUUAAGAGGCCCGAUAUCCGCAUGGCAUGGCGCGAGAAGCUUGCCAUCAACCUCAUCAUCUGGUUCAUCUGCGCUUGUGCCGUCUUUGUGAUUGUCGUCCUUGGAAACCUCAUCUGCCCCAAACAGCACGUCUACAGUCCCACCGAAUUCGCCUCUCACAAAGGUGACUCCUCCUUCACCGCCAUUCGCGGUGAAGUGUUCGAUCUCAGCAACCUCGUUGCCAGCCACAAGACGAUCGUACCCGUCGUCCCUGCCAACUCGAUCCUGGCCUAUGCCGGAGAGGAUGCCACUCCGAUAUUCCCCGUUCAGGUCAAUGCACUCUGCAACGGCGUUGACGGCAACGUCAGCCCAUGGGUGCAGCUGUCUAACGAGAACUCGACCGACAAGCACGCUCAGUACCACGACUUCCGAUCUUACCACAUUGACGACGCGCGACCGGACUGGUACUACGAGAGCAUGUGGCUGCUGCGCUCCAACUACCGCGUUGGCUUCAUGGGUUACACAACCGAUGGUAUCCGUGAUAUUCUUUCCGAAGGACGAGCGGUUGCUAUUUACCGCGGCGACAUCUACGACGUGUCUGAUUACAUCAAGCAAGGCAAUCAGGGUGUGCUGAGGGCCCCAGACGGCUUUCAGGCUCCCGCCAACACCAACCGCAAGUUUAUGAGUGACGCCAUCAUCAGCCUGAUCGCCCAAAACCCGGGUAAGGACAUCACUAAGCAGCUCGAUAACCUGCCGCUCGACCCCGUCGUGCUCGAUCGUCAACGGGUCUGUUUGCGAAACCUCUACUUUAUUGGCAAGGUCGACCACCGCAACUCGCCACAGUGUCGUUUCGCGCAGUACAUUCUCUUGGCCCUUUCGCUUUUCAUGGUGGCGAUUCUCGGAUUCAAGUUCCUUGCUGCACUCCAGUUUGGACGCGCUCGAAAGCCAGAGGACCACGACAAGUUUGUCAUUUGCCAGGUACCCUGUUACACCGAGGGGGAGGAGUCGAUGCGCAAGACGAUCAACUCGCUGGCGGCGCUCAAGUACGACGACAAGCGCAAGCUGUUGUUCAUCAUUUGCGACGGCAUGAUUGUCGGUUCUGGAAACGACCGUCCCACGCCACGAAUCGUGCUAGACAUCCUUGGUGCGGACCCAAACUUGGAACCCGAGGCGCUCAGCUUCCUUUCGCUCGGCGAAGGCAGCAAGCAGCAUAACAUGGCUAAGAUCUACAGCGGCCUCUACGAGCAUCACGGUCACGUUGUUCCUUACAUUGUCGUUGUCAAGUGUGGUAAGCCGUCGGAGCGUUCGCGACCUGGCAAUCGUGGUAAACGUGAUUCUCAGCUGGUCCUCAUGCGUUUCCUCAACAAGGUGCACUUUGGUCUGCCCAUGAAUCCAAUGGAGCUCGAGAUCUACCACCAGAUCAAAAACGUCAUUGGUGUCAACCCGAGCUUCUACGAGUACAUUCUGCAGGUCGAUGCCGAUACCGAAGUUGAGGCCAUGUCACUCAACCGCUUCAUCUCGGCUUUUAUCCGUGACAAAAAGGUGAUCGGUCUUUGUGGUGAGACGGCGCUCUCCAACGCCAAGGCAAGCAUCAUCACCAUGCUUCAGGUUUACGAGUACUACAUUUCGCACUACCUGGCCAAGGCAUUCGAGAGUCUGUUUGGAUCCGUCACCUGUCUGCCCGGUUGUUUCUCCAUGUUCCGCAUCCGCACUCCCGACACACACCGACCACUGUUCAUCGCUUCGCAGAUUGUGGAAGACUACGCCGAGAACCGCGUCGACACGCUUCACACCAAAAAUUUGCUGCAUCUGGGUGAAGAUCGUUACCUGACGACGUUGGUGCUCAAACACUUUGGCAAGUACAAAACCAUCUUUGUUCGUGACUGCAAGGCUUGGACUGUUGCGCCAGACGACUGGAAGGUGCUGCUUUCGCAGCGACGACGUUGGAUCAACUCGACCGUGCACAACUUGGUGGAGCUCAUCUUCACUCCUGGUCUCUGCGGUUUUUGCCUCUUCUCGAUGCGAUUCAUUGUGUUUAUCGAUUUGCUGUCGACCAUCAUCGCACCUGUGACAGUGUGCUACAUUGUCUACCUUAUUGUCCUGGUGGCCACGGCGAACGGUACGGUGCCGCUCACUGCCAUCAUCAUGCUGGCGGCGAUCUAUGGUUGUCAGGCUGUCAUCUUCUUGCUCAACCGCAAGUUUGAAAUGAUUGGCUGGAUGAUUGUCUACAUCAUCGGCAUUCCAAUCUGGUCGCUCUUCCUUCCGCUCUACUCUUUCUGGCACAUGGACGACUUCUCGUGGGGUAACACGCGCGUGGUCAUGGGAGAAAAGGGUCAGAAGGUAGUGUUGCACGAAGAGGGUACGUUUGACCCUAGCGAGAUUCCGUUGCAGACGUGGACCGACUAUGAAAACGAGCUUUGGGAGCGCAACUCGGCGCGAUCGAUUGGCUCGAUCAUUGAAGCAGCUCGUGCAGAGAAUAAGUCGCUCGGGUCGCGCGCUGGAUCGCAGUACGCGCCAAGCUUGUACGGUCAGCCGAUGCUGCCUCACAACGCAAGCUUCGGACACAGCCCCUCGCCUUCGUACGGUGGCACGCCAUCGCAAUUCGGUGCGUUCGCUCCUGGACCCGGGUCGCAGAUCGGCGGAUCGCAGAUCGGCGCCGGAGCAGGAUACUUCCCACAGGACGCUGCUCGUCAGUCGACUUAUAGCAUUGGUGGUGGCUACGGUGGACAAGCCAUGUCGAUGUAUGGUCUGCCUCCAAGCUCGAGCUUCGGUGUGCCCACUGGUGGCAGUGGGUUCAUGCCUCAGCCUUUCAACACGACGGCCAGCAUGUACGGUUAUCCUCAACAGGUGGCUGCCACCCAGUCGAUCUAUGGCGGCUCGCAGCUUGGCUUUGGUGGCGGAUUUGCGACCGCGGAGCAACAACAACAACAACAGCAGCAGCAGCAAGCAGCUGGCCUAUCGGGCAGCGGUGGCAGUAAGAGUCCUCCGCGAGAGGCUGUUGCUGGCGGACUGCCAUCUGACAGCCAGAUCAAGCUUGACAUUCGAAGCUUGAUCGCCGAGUCGGACCUGACGACGAUCACCAAGAAACAGCUGCGAGCCAAGCUGGAGCAAAAGUACGCCACCUCGAUCGAAUCCAAAAAAGCUUUCAUUAACAGCGAGAUCGAAAACGUUCUCUCCGAGUCGUAG